CAUAUAGCGCCAUUUUGGUUUGGAAAGAUGAAUCGUGUGUGUAUGAUGUAAACAUACAUUCGCAUAAAUAUGCACUUUGUUCUUUAAUGCCUUUCCGCUAAUACAUAUUAUACAGGUACAAAUGAUGUUACACUGAGUCUGCAUACAAUAUCGGUAACCCUAAAGGAGCCUGAAGACCCAUUAUGUAUAGGAUGCACAUUAUAGACUUUGUGGGUCUUGACCACUGCUACUCCAAACCAUGGAGUGCCCAUCCAGAUGCAAGCAAUGCCCGACCAGUCAAACUUCUCUUUAUGACCAAGCCAUCCAAACCUCAGACCACACCAGACCAGAUUCUAGGUGCUCGGGAUAUUGAGAUAGAUAUAGUUGGAGAUGAUGUUGUUCCUCCCCCUCCAUAUGAGAUGGCCAAAGCUCGCAGCCUGAUGCAUGAAUGUGACCGCAGUGUUAACUUCGCCCGAGCAGAAAGUUGUGCUGACGAUGCCGAGGACCAUGUUAGCAAUGUUGUAACUUGUAGGGUGGGCUGGACACUACAGCAGAAUCGAUUGUACAACAAAGUGAUGAAGGCACUGCAAGGCGACCGACUUUCCAGACUAGCUUAUAAUGCGCACCAUAAUGAACCUGUGAUGAGGAGAAUACACAUAGACAAGACCGCCCGCAGGAUACGGCAGGCUCUGGCUGGUGUGUCUUGGGACCCGCGUCUCACCCAGUGGUUACAUAGUGUACUGUUGGACAGCCUCAGUAUGCCCGUACUCAGUGCCUACCUUGAUGUCCUACAGACACUCAAGUCAAAGGUACCAUCCCUGAUUGAGAAAAUGAUUGCCAUGACAGCAACAGGGGGCAAGACUCCAGCUGCCUCAGUUGAUGCCCUCAAUCUGCUCCUCAAGCGACCUUGGGACCCUGUCUACAGCGUCUACUCUCAACAGAAACUGCGUAAACUGCCUGGUAACCCUCUGAUACUCAUUGCUCCCUCGGGCCCCACCCACAACAGUGCCUACUCCAAGCGGACACGCUUUUGGAACUCCCAACUGUCACACCUAGGGAAGGUCAUCCCGGUUACCAUGCACACAGUCAGUGGUGGAAGUGGUGUAGGCAUAGCUCAGUGUCUGGAGCACAUGAUUGGGGCUGUUCGCACUAAGGUUUUAGAGUUAAAAGGACACUUUCAGCACCGCCCCAUUGUGUUACUGGGAUGGAACAUUGGUGCCCUAAUAGCAUGUCAUGUGGCAUUACUGGAGUCUGUCAGUGCUGUUGUCUGUUUAGGCUUCCCUCUCACUGGAACCAAUGGCAGUCGUGGGGACAUUGAAGACGCACUAUUGGACAGUCGUACACCAAGCCUGUUUGUGAUUGGUCAACAUAGCAACAAUGCUGGCAUGGAUGACAUGGAGGAUCUCCGUGAACGCAUGAAGGCUGAGAACGGACUCUUGGUCAUAGGGGGUGCUGACAGCAACCUCCGUGUUAGGAGUUCUAAAAAAAAGGAAGAGGGUAUUACCCAAGUAAUGGUCGACCGGCGUAUCCUGGAAGAACUGUCCGAUUUUCUGGGAGGAAUUUUAUGUAAAUCUGCACAUCUCAAUAUUGAGUCGAAUGCAGAUGUGUCUGAUGCAGAACAGAAAAAGAAGAAGAAAAAGAAGUAUGAGAGAUCCAGUCCUGUGUCCCCUGUUAGUCCGAAAGGUCUAACAGUAGCCAAAGCUCUGAAGUCGGCCCGUCAGCAGGGCCUCACAUUCCUCAGUGGCACCUUCACGGCCCAGGGCUUCACAACCACGACUGGCAUUAGUGCUGCUGCAGGCCCUGUCAUCUUCUCUGGGACCAAACCAAAAAAUGCUCCAAAGAGGAAGUAUGUACGAAGUGCUCCUGGUUCUGUUCCAAAGAAACGGAUGAAGGCAGCUCUGGUAAACCAGCCAAUACCUGUGACUAGUCCGUCCACACUCCAAGCCAUGAAGAGCGCCCCAGAGCUGUCGGGGCUGCUUUGCAGACCCGGACCUUUGUCCUUUAACAUCCGUGGGAGCGAGCUUACACCACAGUCACGUUUACCAUCUACAGUAACAGCAUUAUCCGGACCUAGCUCAGAUGGAAUUAAAAAUCCAGUACCUUCGCAAAGUCCACUGUCACCACAUGCAGCAGCCUCUGUAUCAUCUCUUGCAAAUAAGAGCCUUGCUGAUCGCCUUGCCACCCUCAUCAGCCAGAACCAAGCACAGGAAAAGGCUCCGGUCAAAGUGGUAGCUAAGCCAUUAGCCAAGCCAAGCCACAGUGUGUGUGGGCCUUCUUCGUCUGAUCUUUCACAUUCUGUGAAAGAAGCCAGACAAGAACUGACAGCAAGUGUGACACUGUCAACUGCAAACAGUGUUUCCACUCAGAACUCAUCAUCUUCUUCCCUGCAGAUGACCCUGACUACACUAAGUAAUGCUCUGCGUGCUGGUGGUCUUAAGCCGCCAGUUCACAUAACAUCAGCAUCAGCUACUGGUAGUAAUCAGAUUCAACAGCUCCUCUCCUCCAUUGGACGAUCAUCUUCUUCGUCAUCCCAUCAGUCCCAUCCUGUCGUGGCUCACUCUAAUCUACCUACACUCCUGCAGACCCUAUCCUCACCUACACAAGCUAGCAUCCAGCAAGGCAACAAGGUCACUGUUACCAUUCCCACCUCAGCAACUGUCAGCGUGCCUGCUACUUUCAGUGUUUCAACAGCUGCUACCACUACUGCAGCCACACAGAUGCAUGUUUCAGCUGGCAGUCAGACAGAGUCAGAUAAAGUGCAGACCUUACAAAAACUCCAGUUCCAUGAUUUUCCCCUCACUACAACAGGACUGACUGACACAAGUUCCUCUCUUGUUAAAGCCAAAGUCCAUUCAGUGUCACGUCAAGAACUAAUUUGUAUGAUGAAACCCCAACCCAUCGUGUCCACUUCUGGAAAGAGUGGAACAGCACCUGUUCCUCCUCCAAUUGUUACAUCACUUCCUGUUCAGGCACCUUCUGUCAAAGAGACUGUCACAUCUAAUCCAAGUGUGAGUAUUUCGAUGGUGGCUGCAUCAUCGCCUGCUACAGGAACAGCCACAACAUUGGAGAGAAAUUUAAUGAGUGGUGGCUCCAUGAUUACGCUUCCCAAGCCAGUACAGACACAGGAGAAGCAAAUCAAGGUAGUAAUGGGUACAGAAACAUUAGGAAAAGUUUCAUCUCUAUUUGAAUCAAGCCCAGUCAUACAGAGGUCAUCACCAUCGCCAUUGGCAACAAGUACUUUUAUCUCUCAGCCAAUGACAAGUUCACAAGCCAGUGAGACCGACACUAAAUGUGUUGGUACAGCAACAGCCACUGUGAUGACUUUGAGUGGCACACAGGUGUCCAGUUUGUCCGUUACCAAUAAAGCAGUGACCAGCAAAAAUGUGGGAACACCAGUAGUCCCAACAUCUUAUGUCACUCCUACUAAGGUUCAUGUGGCGUCCACCAGGACAAGGCGAAUCAGAACUCCCAAACAGUAUGACAUGUAGACCGACUUAAUGACUAUAUCAACUGUUUGUAAUAAUAAGGUUAAAACGAUAGGCAUAAGUGUGAAGGGGUCUUAACAUUGGAACAUGUUUAACACAGUUAUUUCUACGGUCAGUACGGUCUUUGUGGGCUUAUAGUCAUAAUAAUGUAUAUUUCUGUAUCAAAAUCUGCAUUUAAGAGAGAAGAGAGAGUGAGAUAGAAAUUGAAAUCUGGUCGUAUGUUUGGAAACUGAGUCGGGGCUCCGAAGUAAUUUACACAUUUCUCAAACUGUAUGACCUGUAAGCCAAUCUCAUGAGUAAAUGAAUUGUUUGUGUAGUGUAAACAUGGUAGAUUGAUGUUGGGAUUUUAACAUGUUUUAGGACAUUUAGAGCUGUAAUACUUACAUUGUUUUCUUUCUCCAGCAGGGAGGUACUUCUAAUGUAAUAACAUAUGGGUAGUGGAGUCAAAAUUAAUUAACAUUUGUAAAAUUGGUUCUAGUAAAAUAAUGUGGGCAAUGGAUUCCAAAAUAUUGCCUGCUCUCUUGCAAACCCCAUUGUCACCUAUUAUUCCCGAAAUAUCACAAAGAACAAAGUAAAUGGGACACGUACAUCUCCCAGUUUACAACAUGACUAAAGGAUGUUUUUAUGGUACGUAAAUAUUGUCUUUUUUCGAGAAUUCUACCAGCUUAAAGGUUUGACGUAGGCAAUAUUGGAAAAACUGACAAUUUAAGUUGUUGAAUGAUGUUGUUAUAUAUAUAUUAUAACAUGCUUUUAUAGACGAGAUAUUAAUUUUGGUACAUCAGUCUCAAUCUGUUACGCUUGGUUUUCGUGCAAUAACUCACAUUAAAAGUGUUUGGCUAAGUUCAAUUGCAAAAUCAAUGGUUGCAUAGUUACGCUUAAUUUAUGAGGCUUCUCACAUCCGAUUGGUUAAUUGGUUUUUCCAGCUUAAACCUUCUAAUGAGUGAUUAAUUUCCAACAUAAUUUGACAAAUUUAUACUGUUAGGCUAAGUUUGAUAGGCAUUAGGCAUGUGAACGAUUAAUGAAGCUACCCACUUUUUAUUGUUUUAUUGCAUAGAUUUCUGAGCAUUAACAAUUUUCAUUCUACAUACUGCAUAUUAUGGUUUACGUUUGUCAAGACUUGGUUAGAAAUAGCAUGUACUAUUUUGUAACAUUAAGUAUCAGACAUUCUAUUUACAAAAACUAAAUGUGAGAUAAGAGGUAUGAUCACAUAUUUUGUUAACAGACUAUCGGACUGCACAAACAAAAUAUGAUAAAACCAUACUCAGAUAAUGUUAAGUAUUCCGUUUUUGUCCUGUACAUCAUUUCAUUGUUUUGUUUUACAUUAUUUCCAUGUCGGAAAGUAUUGUAUGUACAGUGUACAUUAGUGAACCUCUUUCUAACAGAAAUGAUGAUGGAGUAACUGAAAAACUGCAUUUAUAAAUAUACAAUGUAUAUAUAA